AAAAAAUGAGUGAUCCGCUGCACAAAUAUCCUCCUCCUCCUUCGAGAGGAAAUGUACAGAGUGCAUUCAAGGUCGUAGAUGAAGACGACAGCCUUCCCACCCAGGACGAAGGCUAUUGGGCAUGGGCAACCGCCUCCUGGCUUGGGACCGUUGCAACACCGCUGCUUAUAUUCCCUCGACUGAUACUCUUUAUGGCGACACCGCCUAAGGACCUGGUAGCCAGGGAUACGUUGACGCAUCUGGAGUGGUUUCUAUGUGUGCAUGUCGCACUCCUGCUACUGGCGCUGGCGCUAGCGCUCAUCGUCUCCAUUCCAAGCAAUCCAAUCAUUCCCGUUCAACCGAUCCCCAACCGUCCCUAUAUCCCCCAAACACAUCCCCUCCUCGUCCCUCUGACACCCGCACUCCUCGUCUCCUCCUUCAUCGCGUUCAAUACCUCUUCCACCUCUAUUGGUGCUCUUGGGAUGUUACUCUCUCUCGGGAACGGGUUCACAGGACUGUGGGGCGCGUGGGUUAUAGUCUUUGGAGGUCAGGGACAUUGGAGCCGGUCGACCGGGGCGGACAAGCGGACGAGCGCGUUCUUGUUUGGGAACAAGAGCAGUGCGUCCCAGAUCAAGAAAGCUUGGAAGAAAGAGAGGGAGAAGACCGAGGGGAUCGAGCUGAAGAAUUUGUGAGCCUUAGAGAGUCUGUUUGAGAUGUACGAUAUGGUAGCAUUACAAUUGCACUACACGUAUGAACCAAGUGAUCCG